UGGUUUGUGUUGAUAGAGGUCCAAGAUAGAAUCUGCAUUGCUCUCUUUUUGUUGAUGGCAAGUGGAAACUUUUGGCAUGUGAAUGAUAUUGAUCAUAUAUGUAAGAUUAAGUGGAAACUUUUUGGAAUUUGAGUGGUAGUUACUGAUGAUUUAAGGGUUGGCUAUGUUGAACUUAUAUCAUUAUUUCAUAGAUAGAAGUCCGUUUGGCAGUUGCUUAGCUUUUGAGCAUUUGUUCAUUUAUUGGAUGUUUAUCUAUGUAUCGGUUUGGGAGAGGUAUUCGCUUCCUCAGUUUUACCUCAGCAGCAAACAGAACCAACUGGGAUCCAACUGUAUCACUUGAACUCAAUCACCCUACUCUGGUUUUGCUUGAAAAGUGCAGUUCAAGAGAUCAUUUUAAACAGAUUUUGGGGCAGAUGAUGAGGUCUAAUCUCAUUGGCCAAACAUUUCCCAUGAGCAGACUCAUUUUAUCCACUUCAAUUACAAACCCUGAAAACUUAGACAUGGCAAUUCUUCUCUUUACUUACUUUACUCCUCGACCAAAUCUCUACAUCUACAAUACCAUGAUAUCAGCUUUGAGUUUUUCCACUGGUCAAGCAUUUGUUGUCUACAAUUCUAUGCUUAGGUUGUGUUUUUGGCCUGAUAAAUACACUCUCCUUUACUUGCUAAAGGCCGCUAAAUAUAUAAUAGAGGUAAAGCAGAUACACUGUCAUGCCAUUGUUAUGGGACUGCUUUCUUAUGGUUAUUUGCAGAACUCACUCAUUAAGAUGUAUACGGAGAAUGGGCAAAUGGGUCUUGCUCAUAAGACGUUUUUGUGUAUGCCAAGACCAGAUGUUGCUUCUUUCAAUAUCAUGAUUGUUGGCUAUGCCAAGAAGAGAUAUAGUUUGGAGGCAAUCAAACUAUUCCAUGAAAUGGUGGUUUCAGGUUUUCAACCUGAUGAAUUUACCAUGUUAGGACUUCUUGUUUGUUGUGGUCAGUUAGCUGAUGUGCGGCUGGGGAAGUCUGUUCAUGCUUGGAUGGAAAGGAGGAAACACUUUAUCUCAUCAAAUUUGAUCUUGGGCAAUGCUCUUCUAGAUAUGUAUGUUAAAAGUGAGGAAUUAGAGCUUGCGGAAAGCACAUUUGACAUAUUAAUGGUGAAGGAUGUUAUUACGUGGAAUACCAUGAUUGCUGGGUUUGCCAAGGUUGGGGAGUUGGAAAGUGCACAAAAUCUCUUUAAUCAAAUGCCUAGUAAGGAUCUGGUUUCUUGGAAUUCUUUGAUUGCGGGCUAUGCCCAAAGUGGUGAUUAUAUGAUGGUGAGAGAAUUAUUCAAUAACAUGGUUGCUCAGAAAAUUAUGCCUGAUAAUGUUACAAUGAUUAACGUGGUUUCAGUCGCAGCAGAAGUUGGUAUUCUGGACCAAGGGAGAUGCAUACAUGGAAUGGUGGUGAGGAUGGAGAUUAAAACAGAUGCCUUUUUCGGUUCAGCAUUGAUAGACAUGUAUUGCAAGUGUGGAAGUAUUGAAAGAGCUUUCAAAGUUUUUAGGGAGGUUACUGAAAAGGAUGUCACUGUAUGGACUACAAUGAUUUCUGGAUUUGCAUUUCAUGGUUAUGGAAAAAAAGCUUUGCAACUGUUUUCAGAGAUGCAACAGGAGGUAAGACCGAACAAUGUGACUGUUGUUGCUGUUCUUUCAGCUUGUAGUCACUCUGGACUUGUGGAUGAAGGGCUUAAAUUAUUUAAUAGCAUGAAGGAAGAGUUUGGUAUUGAACCAACAACUGAACAUUAUGGAUGUUUGGUGGAUCUUUUAGGGCGAUCAGGGAGGUUGGCUGACGCAAAAGAUGUCAUUGAAAAGAUGCCAAUGAAACCAAGCCAAUCCAUUUGGGGAGCAAUUCUGAGUGCUUGUCGAGCUCAUGGGAAUGUGGAAAUUGCAGAGAUAGCUUUGAGAGAGUUAUUAAAGUUGGAGCCUGAAAAAGAGGGUGGAUAUGUAUUGUUAUCUAACAUUUAUGCUGCUAACAAGAAGUGGAGCUAUUCUGACAAGAUUAGAGAGAUCAUGGAAAGCAGGGGAGUGAAGAAAACUGCAGGUUGCAGUAGUGUUGUUGUUGAUGUACAUACUCAUGAUUUUGUGGCUGCAGAUAAGCGGCAUCCAAGAUGGUUAGACAUGCAGUCCAUUAUGAGUACGUUGAAUAGUGAAAUGAAGUUGAGCGCUGAUUUUCCUGUGGACUUCUUAUUGCUUUUGCUGGAGAUGAGUUGAUCUGGGUCUAUUUUAUGUACCUUAUUACCGUACAAUUUUGAUAGUUUGAUGGCUCUAGUAGAACAUCAAGUUCUAAUAUUCUAUUACUCUGUAUA